AACCCAUUCUGCAGGAAGGUAUCCCUCCCUCUUGCAAAUCGUCUGAAGGCGCAAAUUUCAUUUUAAUCCAACGUUCUUCCCGCCAUCUGCGAAGAGGUCGACCGUGAGGAAGGAGAGGGUCGUUGGGAAAGUCCUCCUUUCUUACUUUCAGCAAAUUUUCAGAUCCGUUGUUCUUUUUCCCAAGAAAAAGUGCAAUUAUGCCUCCAAAAAGAAACCUUGGGAAGGCUGUCCAGACUUUACAGAUUGGGCUUGGUGAAAGCAGUCCAACACACUCAGAAGGAGAGAAUGAGCCAAUCCUUCCACCACCAUUGUCACCAAUACUUAGGGAGCAUUCUUUUGUCAAUCCUACCUUCAACAAGGGUAGUGAAUCUGGAGAUGAUGUUGCUCAAUCUGGUGAUUCUCUUGUGAAAGCUAAUUUGGCUCACAGUGUAGCCCAAAGUGUAGCCGACAUGUGGCGAUCUAAUGAAGAAAGUAACAGAAUCUGGCGCGAGCAAAAUGUAGAAAAUUGGAGAGCUUUCCAAGCUGAGACAGAACGAAUGCAGGAGGCAUUUCGACGUGUCAGAAUUGAGCCUCAGCCACAGCCACCUCCCCAGAUUCAGCAAGUAGCAGGCGGACCAGUGCAGCCAGAUCCUGUUGAGGCUGCACCACGUGAGGCUUAUGGUCCAGUUCUGAGGCCUCUUGUCAGACCUGCCUACAGAAAACCAUAUCCAGAUUUCAUAGACCAAGAGAAUCCUUUUCCAAGGGGGUUCAAGGUUCCAGAAUUCACUCUAUUUUCUGGAGAUGCUCUCACCUGGUAUCUAAGUCUGCCACAGAAUUCUGUUUAUACUUGGAGGCAGAUGGAAGAUCUUUUUCACAUCCAGUUCUACCGCAGUGAGCCAGAAGUAUCCAUGGCAGAUUUAUCUCGUCUGGUACAGCGACCUGGAGAAACAUCUGAGGCCUUUUUGGCCAGAUUUCGGAAGGCCAGACUUAAGUGCAGAGUUGCCCUGCCAAAACAGGAAUUUGUUAAGCUGGCACAAAAUGGUCUGGACAUUGAAUUGAGGAAAAAGUUUGAGGGAAUGGAGUUUCGUGAUUUCUUUGAGUUGUCUUACAAGGAGAAAAUCGACAAGGGAAUUCUGCGUUUUCCAAAUAAGGCCAAAGAAACUAUGGGAGUUGAUGCAGAUCCAUUCCCUACCAUGUCUAUUGGGGUGAAUGCGGCAGAUCUCAGGAGCAUUGCCAGGGACAGAUCUCAGACAUACUAUAGGCGCAGACUUGUAGCUGAUGAUCUGAGGUGGGUCAUUGAGGAGGCCAGGACCCGCAGAAAUCAGGUCAGAUCCGGUUCAUACCGAAGGAGACAGCCCGGGGGGCACAACUCAACUCAACAGAAAAAUAAUGCAAAUCUGGCAAAAAAGCCCAGAAUGGUGAAACCACCACCCAGAUCUCCAACCAAACGGUGGGAACGUGUGGUGCAUCCAAAAUUUCCUAAAGGUCAGAAUCCAAGGACCUUGAGGAGACGUUUACAACGCAAAAGGGCUGCAGAAAGACACCAACAGCAGAUUACAAACUCGGGGGGCAUGGCAGAUCAGGCUCAGCCGCUCCCAGCAAGAAGAAAAUCAGUGUGGGUCCGUAAAGAAAAAGGGAGCUCAUCUGGUCAGAAUGCUCCAAAAAAGGGAGAACCACCCAGAAUUCCAACAUCACCUCGAGUUCUGGCUGUGGAAUCCAAUGAAGAAACUGGUUUGAAGGCGAAGUUUGACGUGCCAGAUAAAGCGAAAAAUUCAUCAGAUGUAAUCUGUUUUGGUGAGUUUUCCGUGAAUCUAUCUUGUUUGGUGAUCACCCUUCCUUUAGUCUUUCAAGCAAGAGACCAGUUAGAAUCUGCAGUCUGUCACCAGACAGAUUUGACUGAGGAGGAAGAAGUCAUUGAGAUCCCAGCUAAGGAAGAGGGAGGCAUGGAUUCAGCAGAUAAAAUCAUUUUCGAAAAACCAGAAGAGAGGAUGGCCAAGCACAUCAGGCCAUUAUACAUUUAGGCACAUCUGGAUGGUAUGCCAAUAAAUCGAGUUCUGGUGG